CGGCACCUGUUGCCAAUUGUUCUUACCCAUCUUCAGUUGAGAGUUGUUUCCGUGUUGCUACGAUAAAUAGAAAAAGAAACAAACGUGGUGAGUUCGGCUACGUUCUUAUCGUGCGAAUUCACCAUCACGAAGACCGGCCUGUCUGACCGAUUAGAUUCAUAAAACUGCAAAUAUAACAAGUGAAAGGAACACGUACACAUUGAAAGCAUUGCCGGUUCCACUCUAGUAAAGGGUCCAGUUUAGGCUAAAAAUAAAUAGUAGUUUGACACCCUUUGAGUCAGAUUGGUCGAACGCGUGUGUUUGCUCAAUUGCGUAGUGAUUUUUUGCUUGCAGAAUCCAGUUAAGAUGGCAAACCCCAACCAGGAGAUUCAGUACACAAAGCUCUUCAUCAACAAUCAGUUCGUGGAAGCAAAAAGUGGCAAGAAAUUCCCGACCAUCAAUCCAGCCACCGGUCAGAAAAUCAUCGAUGUCUCGGAAGGCGACAGUGCCGACGUCGAUGCAGCGGUUCAAGCGGCCAAGGUAGCCUUUGCUCGCAGUUCUCCGUGGCGGCAGAUGGAUGCUUCUGCGCGUGGGAAGCUACUGAAUAAACUGGCCGAUUUGGUUGCACGUGACAUCAAUGUGUUGGCCAAUCUGGAAUCGCUGGACAACGGAAAAUCAUUCGAUGACUCACUGUUCGAUAUGAACUGCGUGAUUGACGUCUUCCGGUACUAUGCCGGUUGGGCGGAUAAGGUACAUGGUAGCACGAUACCCUCGGAUGGCCCGGUGUUGACGUACAUCCGCAAAGAACCCGUCGGUGUCGUCGGACAAAUUAUCCCGUGGAACUAUCCUGCACUUAUGUUGUCCUGGAAGUGGGCCCCAGCCCUGGCAGUAGGAUGUACUUUGGUUCUGAAACCGGCGGAACAGACUCCAUUGAGUGCACUGUAUCUGGCGGCUCUGUCCAAGGAGGCCGGUUUUCCGGAUGGUGUUAUAAACGUUGUCAAUGGGUAUGGUCCCACGGUGGGAGCUGCUAUCGUAAAUCAUCCCGUAAUCAGAAAGGUAGCGUUCACUGGAUCGGUAGAAACUGGACGCAUCAUCAGCGAAGGAUCGUCCAAGUCGAACCUAAAACGUGUCUCAUUGGAACUGGGCGGCAAGAGUCCAUUGGUUAUUUUCGAUGACGCCAAUUUGGAUGAAGCAGUUGAAAUCGCGCACAAUGCUAUCUUCGCCAACCACGGACAGAAUUGUUGUGCCGGAAGUCGUACAUUCGUGCAAGAAGGUAUCUACGAUGUGUUUGUAGCUAAAGCAGCUGAGAUGGCCAAGGCACGAAAGGUAGGCGAUCCGUUUGCGGAAGGUACUCAGCAGGGUCCUCAAGUCGACGAGGAACAGUUUAACAAAAUUUUGAGUUACAUUGAUUCCGCCAACAAAGAGGGAGCCAAGUUACAAGCCGGAGGCAAACGUUUCGGCACAGUCGGGUACUUUGUUGAACCAACCGUGUAUUCGGACGUAACUGACGAUAUGAAAAUUGCCCGUGAAGAAAUUUUCGGUCCCGUGCAGAGUAUUCUGAAGUUCAAGACACUGGAUGAGGUUAUCGAGAGAGCAAACAACACCGAAUUCGGCUUGGCAGCGGGCGUUUUGACCAAUAACCUCAACAAUGCUUUGGUGUUCACAAAUGCCGUAGAAGCUGGCUCGGUAUGGGUCAACUGUUACGACUAUGUUGUGCCAACAACUCCAUUCGGAGGAUUCAAACAAUCGGGCCACGGUCGGGAACUAGGCUAUAGUGGCAUCGAACUGUACACCGAAACUAAAACCGUAACUAUCAAGCUUCCAACGAAAGUCUAAUGAAAAGCCGCAUUCAACAUUACGCGAGCUUAUAUAGAUGUGUAACUGUCUCAAGGUCUACCGGUUCACUGUAAUAAAAGCCCAGUUAAAAUUA